GUAAUUGCAUUAAGGCACUGCGGCGGGCAGCUAUAGCUGCGGCUCUUCUGUUUUGGCGUCGAUUAAACAUUAAACAUGGCGGACUUUGGGGACUGGAUCUAGCAAAGGGUAACGUUUUCUAGAAGAUCCACACUAAAUAGAGCGUGCACAUUUCUGACAGUGUUCACUGGCUCCCAGAGUGGAUGAUUCAGCAGGAGAAGCCCCAGCUGCCUGCCACCAUGCCGGUGGUGUGGCCUACACUUCUCGACCUAAGCCGAGAUGACUGUAAACGAAUCCUGCGCAAGCUGGAGCUGGAGGCAUAUGCCGGAGUGAUCAGUGCGCUUCGUGCCCAGGGUGAUCUCACCAAGGACAAGAAAGACCUGCUUGGGGAGCUUACCAAAGUAUUAAGCAUUUCAACUGAGCGCCAUCGUGCAGAGGUGCGGCGUGCAGUGAACGAUGAGCGUCUCACUACUAUCGCAUACCAUAUGUCUGGGCCGAACAGCUCCUCAGAGUGGUCUAUUGAAGGGCGUAGGCUGGUUCCCCUGAUGCCCAGGCUGGUGCCUCAGACAGCUUUUACAGUGACAGCCAAUGCAGUAGCCAGUGCCACGGCACAUCAGAACUCUUCUCUGCUUCUUCCUGCAGAGACUGGCAACAAAGAAGUGGUAGUGUGUUACUCAUACACCAGCACUACAGCCACGCCCCCUAGUGUAUCUGCCCCCAGCGGCAGUACAGCAGCUGCAGUCAAGUCACCUCGGCCUACAAGCCCCGCCUCCAACGUCGUAGUGCUGCCUAGCGGGAGUACUGUGUAUGUGAAGAGCGUAAGUUGCUCUGAUGAAGAUGAAAAGCCUCGCAAACGCCGGCGUACCAACUCCUCAGGCUCUUCGCCUGUUCUGCUAAAGGAGGUGCCUAAAGUGACCCCAGCCACCUCAAAGAGCAUCACCAUGCCAGUGAGCGGCAGCCCGAAGAUGAGCAACCUGAUGCAGAGCAUCGCAAACUCGCUGCCGCCGCACAUGUCUCCAGUGAAAAUCACCUUCACCAAGCCAAGCACACAGGCCACUAACACCACCACUCAGAAAGUCAUUAUUGUUACGACCUCUGCAAGCUCCAGCUUUGUUCCCAACAUCCUCUCCAAGUCUCAUAAUUAUGCCGCUGUGUCAAAGCUGGUGUCCAGUUCUGCAGUCACAUCAUCCGGUCAGAAGCAGACCAUGGUGAUUUCAGCAGGCACAACCACUGCCCCUGGCCCUGUCGCCGUGACAACUGUGGUGUCCUCUACUCCUGCGGUGGUCAUGUCCACCGUGGCUCAAACUGGCUCCACAGCAGCAGUGAAGGUGGCCACAGCAAGAAUGCCCUCCCCCAAAGCUCUGGUGGGUUCUCCCUCUCAGAUCCUCCAGUUCCCAAAGCAACAACAGCAGCAGCCACAGCAGUCAGUUUCACCCAAAGGCCUGUCUGCGUCUCCUCUCUCUUCCUCACCUCAAACCACCAGUACAGUGUCGGCGACCAAACCCACCAUACAGAUCAAACAAGAGUCAGGUGUAAAGAUCAUCACCCAGCAGAUGCAGCCUAGUAAGAUUUUGCCGAAGCCCUCGAGUGCAGCCAUGCCGAGUAGCAGCUCUGGUCCCAUCAUGGUGGUGAGCAGCAAUGGAGCAAUCAUGACCACAAAACUGGUCUCCACCCCUACAGGAACCCAGGCUACGUACACCCGGCCCUCAGUAACUCCAUCCAUCGGAGCUCGAAUGGCCACGUCACCUGCUGGGACCACAUACGUCAAAACCACCAGCGGCAGCAUUAUAACAGUGGUGCCCAAGUCUCUUGCUACACUGGGUGGGAAGAUCAUCAGCACCAACAUAGUGUCCGGCACCACCACAAAGAUCACCACCAUUCCCAUGACCUCCAAACCCAAUGUCAUUGUGGUGCAGAAAACCACUGGGAAAGGAACCACCAUCCAGGGCCUACCUGGGAAGAAUGUGGUCACCACACUGUUAAACGCUGGGGGGGAGAAAGCUCUGCAGGCUGUGCCGGGAGCAAAGCCUGCCAUCAUCACAGCAUCUCGGCCCAUCACUAAGAUGAUCGUAACGCAGCCGAAGAGUCUGGGCUCGGCUGUGCAGCCGUCCACCACCACCAAGCUCAUCCCCACCAAGAUUGUCUACGGCCAGCAGGGCAAGACCCAGGUGCUGAUAAAGCCGAAGCCAAUGGCGUUCCAGGCGACAGUAGUGAGUGAGCAGGCAAGGCAGCUGGUGAGCGAGACGCUGCAGCAGGUGACCCGCGGUCCUGAGGCAGGCGUAAUACCAGGCUCCAGCCAGGAGGGGGCGCUCAAGGAUGACUCUCCAGCUUACAUGGCGAGCAGCCCAACAUCUUCAGACAAUACUCAUGACACCCAGUCGGUCGUGCAUGUCAUCAGCUCCAGGGGCCAGGAGUGGACAGAGCAAGAAGUCUCAGUGGAAGCGAGUCCCACCAUCAUUUACCAGGACAUGAGUGGAGAGGCUCAGUCUGCCACAUCUACCAUUAAAGCCCUGCUGGAGCUGCAGCAGACCACAGCGAAGGAAAAGGCAGAGGCCAAGCCGCGGCAGCACACCAUCGAUUUGAGUCAGAUGGCAGUGCCAAUACAGAUGCCCACAGAGAGGAGGCAGUCGCCUGAACCCUCAGGCCAGGCUGCAGGCGAGCCUGAGACCCCAGCAGAGGCCACCGGUAAAGCGGGGAAGGUUGCAGCAGGUGGUGACGUCUCGACAUCCUGCAGUCAGUCAUCGGCUCUCUCUUCCACAGUGAAAAGCUCCAACACUGCUCCAUCCACCAGCACCAGCUCAAUCACUGUUCAGGCAGGUGCUGGCAAGCCCCUGGAGGAGCAGGCCGUAGUGGAAGAGGGAGAAUUGGAAGGUGACACAUUGGACCCUCAAACUGGACUGUUCUACAGAUCAGUAAAUCCCUCUGCCCCGCCUCCUCCUCCUCCCCCUCUACAGCAGCACCGCACCCCCACACACACCCUUAGCAAGCCAGUGGUGCUCUCCAUAUCCACGCCCAACAAGUCAACUCUCAGCCAGACUGAGGCCUCGAAAAUCAUCCCCAGUCCCAGGCCUCCAGCUCCAUCAGCGGCCACACGGGCGGAUAAACCCUCCGUCUCUCCUGCUCCCCCUCUUUCUGCUCCCUCUGGAUCUGGAGCUCAACUCGCUCCCCCCACUAAACCUGUCCACACUCCACAGCUGCCCCGACUACAGCAAGCACCAAGCUCACACAACCGACCCAACACACACACACAGCUCUCCCAGCCCCCACCACUGCAGGCCCACCAUCCCGUGGCCUCGGAUAAAGCGGCCAGCAGCAGCAGCCAGGUGCAGCAGCCAAUCAUAACACAAGGAGCAGCAGUCACUAAAAUCACAUUUGGGGCUCCUCCCGUGUCCAGCAGCAGCGGCGAGGCUGCGGUGAAGCUGCAGGCCGAGUCCAGCUCGGAGAAACCCAACGUCUCUGACAUACUGAAGAUCUCUAUGAUGGAGGCGGAGAUCGAGCCAGGCACCGAGGCCGUGGUGGUGGACUCAUCCAGUGACUGCAGCGCCUUCAGCAAAGCCGCCUCUACAUCUCCCCUCAUCAGCAGCUCCAAACACACACACUCGCACACACAUGCCACCUUUGGACGCAUCCAGAAGAGCAAAGACCUGGACGUUAUACAGGUGAUCCCACAGUACUCCAUCAUGCCUGACUCGAGUCAGUCAAAUGUCGUAGUGGAGCCAAGCGGCUUCUUGGAAAUCACAGACUACACCAGCCAGCGCCUAGACGACGAGGCCACUCUGGACCAGGAAGUGGACAGCAGUAAUGAUGAAGGUGCAGCGCCCAGCCCCAUGGAGACCUGCGCUGACCAAUCACAAUGAGCAAAGGCUCUUGUUAAACAUGCCAGCAUUCACGUGAUCAUGAACUCUGCUGAGCAGGAGUAAGAGAGAAUCUGGCUUGACUGGUGGCAUUGUAGGACAUUUCCUGAAGAGAAUUUUCUAAAGAAAACUUCCUAAAGAGAACCCGUCAGUAUCUUACGGUUGGACAACAAAUAGUUAUUGUUCACAACUAUUUCUUCUCAACCCAUUUUUUUUUCCUUCAUUACAGGACAGUAUUCCACCCUGAACUGAGAUUACUAUUUCGUAAAUUCCAAAAGGAGAGGUUCGGAAUGCUUUGGUUUUGUUUACUUAAUAUCCUGCAUUAUUAUAACAAGAUCUCGAAGUCAGGCAGGGCGGAAGAGUGUUUAUUGGCUCACCCUAACUUGUCAUUUUGCGUAUGCGUGCUGGAUAUGAUACUGUAGAUUUAAAGAGCAUGAGCUCUUGGUUUAGAACUGUUUAUGUUAAAUUGUUGAGACUAGAAUUUUGAAUUGUUUCGAUUUCAUGCCGUUUUUGUCUGGAAGGAGCGUGUGUACUGUAGCGCUUAGUGUAAAUAAUGUUACAAUGCUUACACAGGUAGUUGUAGAAGAUUCUUAUUGUCACGACGCACUUGUAAAUUGACAUUUAUCUCCAGGUUCCUAAAGCAAAAAACUUCCCCCAUUCACUCAAUCAUGCUUUGUUGUCUUUUAAUGUACAAUUUAUAAUUUUAAUAGAGUAAACUUUGAUUCAGGAUUCUCACCAAAACCUUUUCUGUCGUCUUAUUUUAUCCUUAAUACUUGGUAGGAGUUUGUCUUUUUAAUGUCUUUUUUUUUUUUUUUUUUCCAUCAGACAGGUAGCUGUUGUUGUUGUCAUAAUAACGCUUGUUGAAUAGCUGUACUCGGUUUAGGCAGGUAAGGAGUGCCUGUCUCAUAUAUAACUGUGGAAAGUACCAAUUUCCCUACUAAUCAGCUGAUAGCAUUGUGUUCUUUAAUGAUAGGGCUGGGUUGUAGGUGUGUAAGGGAGUACGUGUUAUCAGGUAAACACACAGGAAGGGCUUCUUGGUGGAUUCCAGUGCCUGUAAUGGUUGCAUGUGUUGGGAAGCUUUCAAAGUUCACUGCCUUUAUUUAUGGUCCGUGAACUGUGUGAAGCAGAGGCAGCAGAUGGCCUUUGUGGAAAUUCAGAGAGCGUCACUAAAAGCCCCUUUCAGACCCUUAUUUGCACACACUUGCUGUCCCACUGCAUCUCACUUUCUGUUUCUCUGUCGCUCCAUGCCCGUAGUGCCAUAUUUCCAUUAAUUUCCAUGCACAGGAGUUUGCACAGGGACUUUCCGUGCCUGCUUUCCUGAAAUCUGCCGGGAGCAACAGUGUCCAUCCUUGGGUAGAAUUAUAGUGUCAGAGUCAUAACAAUUAACUUAACUGGUUUUCUUUUUCCAGGAACACCAGCAUCUUAUGUAACAUCAGAUGUGCUUCUAAUGUUGCAUGUGGACACCUCAAUCUAGAUCUAAACUUUAGUGUAAUAAACAUUACACUUCACUCUGCAUUGUGAAGGUUUUUGAAAAGA